CGUCUCUGGUUUAAUAAAAAAAAAUGUGUUAUAUUAACUUAGCGUGAAUGGCAUUAAUAAAUGAAAGAAGAAGAAUAUGCAAGUCGUAGUAAAAAUAUCAAAAGAAGUCACGAAAUAAUAUUCAAUAGUAUUAAUACAAAAAAUCGUCAAAAUGGGUAAAAGACAACAUCAGAAAGAUAAAAUGUAUUUAACCUACACAGAGUGGACGGAAUUAUAUGGUGGAAAGAAGUUUGAAUCAGCAGAAAAUGAGCAUAUCAAAUUUAAACGUCUUCCUUUUGAUCAUUGCUGUAUAACAUUAAAGCCGUUUAAGCUGCCUUAUUGUGACGGAGAAGGUAACAUAUUUGAGUUGGAAGCUGUACAUAAUUUCAUUAAAAAGUUCAAAAUAAAUCCAAUAACGGGUAAACCAACCGAUACGAAAACGUUGAUAAAGUUAAAGUUUCAUAAGAACGCAGAAGAAGAAUAUCACUGCCCCGCCUUGUUUAAACCAUUUACGAAAAAUUCUCAAAUUGUAGCUGUAGCUACAACCGGAAAUGUAUAUUGCUGGGAAGCCAUAGAGCAGUUGAAUAUAAAAACGAAAAAUUGGAAAGAUUUAGUGGACGACACACCAUUUCAACGCAAAGAUAUUAUAACUAUACAAAAUCCUCAAAAUGUGGAGAAAUUUGACAUAUCUAAAUUUCAUCAUGUCAAGAAAAAUUUGCGCGUUCUAACUGACGAAGAAGAACUGGAACGCAAAGAUCCUACAAAGAAAAUUAAAUCUAUGAAUAUGGAAACCAGAGAAACGUUAGCUCAAUUGGAAAAAGAUUACAAGGCGGUUGAAGAGAAACCAAAUGUUUCCAAGCCAGCGGCAGAUAAAUUUAACGCUGCUCAUUAUUCAACAGGAGCCGUAGCGGCAAGUUUCACUUCCACAGCCAUGGCGCCUGUUUACACUCAUGAGCCUGCCAUAAUAGAUGAAGAUGAGAUUAAAUACGAACGUGUUAAGAAGAAGGGUUAUGUGCGUUUGGUUACCAACUUCGGUCCAUUGAACUUGGAAUUGCAUUGCGAUUUGGUGCCACGAGCUUGUGAGAAUUUUAUAAAACAUUGUAGCGAUAAUUAUUACACAAGGACGAGAUUUCAUCGUUCAAUCAGAAAUUUUAUGAUACAAGGAGGUGAUCCAACGGGCACAGGGACCGGUGGUACUUCAAUAUGGGCAAAAAAAUUUGACGAUGAAUUUAAAACGAAUUUAAGUCAUUCCGGCAGAGGAAUUUUAUCAAUGGCGAAUUCGGGGCCGAAUUCAAAUGGAUCGCAGUUCUUCAUAACUUACCGCUCUUGCAAGCAUUUAGAUGGAAAGCAUACUGUAUUCGGUAAACUGGUGGGCGGCAUCGAAACUUUACAGAAAAUGGAACAGAUUGAGGUAGACAACAGGGAUUGUCCCAUUGAGGAUAUUAUUAUAGAAUCAGCUCAAGUAUUUGUCGAUCCUUUUAAAGAAGCUGUCGAACUAUUGAGCAAAGAAAGAGCAGAAGAAGUUGAAAAACAAGAAAAUGUUGCAAAUAAACAUAAAAGUCAAAAACCUCUAAAUGAAUCUCUUAAGGUUUACCGACAAGGUGUUGGUAAAUAUUUAAAUUUGCAAGCAAGUAAGGCUUCAUUAAGAGAAUCAGAACGGAGCACAAUAAUCUUUAACGGAUCGAUGUAUAGAAAAUCUUCAAGCAAAGUGGGUUUCGGCGAUUUUUCAACAUGGUGAAGAAACAUAAUAAAGUGAUUUAAAAAAAAAAAUUAUAGCAUGAAUGAAUUAAAUGAAUUUCUGAAUACAUAUUUUGGGCGUGUACUAUUGAAUGCCGUCUAAUAAUGCUUUCUUUAUUAAGUAGGACAACCAUCGCGGGACUCGGAUAAAGAUAAUCUUUUUCCGCGGUCCUGUUAAGCGCGCCAUAUAAUUCCACAUUUUAAUUCUUCGUACAGAUGGAAGCAGACGAGAAAUGUUUUUUAAUUUUAAUAUAAAGGAGAAUUCAAUACAUGAAGGCUUUAAAAUUAUAUAAUCUGAAAGAAAAGUUGUAUUAAGGAACGCAAGACAACUAUGUUAACGGUCUUUUUUAAGCAAAGUUGUUAAAAUGAGUUCUGUGAAUAAAUGAGAACGUUAAAAACGAAGAAAAGCGC